UCUCUCUCCUUUUAUUACGUUUGCAUUCACUAUUGUUCUUAUAUUGUUCUUAUGUGGUCGAUUUGAAAUGGUUGUAGUCUAUGGAAUUGGUUGUCGGAAGGUACAUGUAUCAGUCAAUCAGUCAGGAACAAUACUGUUAUUGUGUAGAUGUGCAAAUGGUGCAUGGAAAAUCAGGAACAAUACUGGUAUUGUGUAGAUGUGCAAAUGGUGCAUGGAAAAUCUGUGGACUGUGAGGCUAAGGGUUUUCAUUUACCGGUACAGUGCUGUGUUUUAUGGAUUAAUUCAUAAUUGGCUAAACUUGGUUGUUUGAAUCUGAUCUUGGUUGCUACAUGUUUAUGUUCUUUUCUUGUUAGCAUGUCUUCGAGUCUGACUUUUCAUUUGCCCGGUUGAAGAGUUAAAAACCUAAAAUAGAGCAUUUAAAAACUUAGAAGGGAGUUUAGUACUGGAUCUUAAAUAUGUUGCACUAUUCACUAGUCCAACAUAUCAUACAGCCCUAUUUAUUCCUUUCAGAUCUUAUGCUGACUAUAUUUCUCAAUCUUAGUCACUUGUUGAUUUUUUUAAUCCCAAAAGUUUGUUAAUUUGCUUAUAGAUAUGUGGGUGCAGGUUUGGGAAACAGGGGAGGAGAUUCAGGGAAACUUUAAGUUUUAUUAUCUUUGCAUUCAUUAUUUCCUUUGCGGUUAUUCUUCUGGUUAAACUUGUGGAGUGAUAGUUCUUGUAAACACGCACUAUGAUUAUGAGGGGCUUCGGGAUUUGUACCAUUGGUUAUUCUUCUGGCUAAACUUGUGGAAUGGUAGUUCUUGUAAACACGCACUAUGAUUAUGCCCGGCUUUGGGAUUUGUACUGUUGGAUCUUUGGCUUGUUUUGCAGUGAAGACUAGACUUUCUAUGGUCGUGGAGGCAAUGGCGUAGAUUUUUGUUGGAAUGGCCGUAGUCUCUCUCCUUGGUUGAAUAGUGUGAAGGUAAAUGGCUCUGUUUGGAAUGGUAGUACUCUCUCGUUUUAUUAUGCUUCCAUUCACUAUUUUUCUACGAUAUGGAAUGGCUGUAGUCUCUUUCUUUGGCUAUAGGAAGGUACUUGUAUCAGUCAUUGUGGUCUGAGCAUGAGCGGUACUUGAUCACUGAACAUUAUGAUCAUUGAGCCUGUUAUGGAAAUUUCUCUUAUAGUGAGGGAGACUUGCAUGCAGUAAAUAAUGCUAUCACACUGAAAGAUUGGUAGUUUUAUGCAUAUUGGUGAACAUUAUGAAACUCACCGACUACGAGCUCAAGCGACUCGAGAACAUUCGCCGCAACGAUGAGAUGAUGGCAGCCCUCAAACUCCAUUCCAGAGCCACCCAACUCUCCAAUUUCAAGCGUCAAAGAGUUGAAGCCAAAUCCACCCGCGUGAAAUUGGAAAAGAAACCUAAAACCGAAACCCCAAUUGUCAUCAGAGUCAGGCGCUCCCUGCGAACCAGGGGUAUUCCACCAGAUUUUGAAGGUCUUGACGGAGAUUCCGUCGCCCCCACCGCUCCCUCCAAAGAAGAUCCGCCUUCCGUCGUAAGUUUGGGUCCCCUUUCCAUGGCCAAUGCUCGUGAAAGUGCUCACUCUGAUAGUUCCUUCAUUGAAUCGCUAAUGGGUAUGGCCCAAGAUGGCAAUGUUCCAAAAGGGGAUGUGGGGGGCUCCCUUGAAUUGAAAUCUCUGUCUUUGGAUCCCGAGAAUAUUGCGCGGGUUGUUUCUGGAAGGAUAACCAAUGUCAGUUUUUUCCCUUCAAGUAGUGUCAACAUGAUUGCCGCGGGUAACAAGUUUGGGAAUAUUGGGUUUUGGAAUAUGGGAGAAAGUGAGGUUCAUUUAUACCGUCCUCAUAAUGCUCCCAUUUCUGGGAUUUUGAUUCAACCGCAUUGUUGUUCCAAGAUAUACACAAGUUGUUAUGAUGGAGUUCUUCGGCUAAUGGAUGCUGAGAAGGAAAUCUUUGAUCUGGUGUUUGAGAGUGAUGAAAAAAUAUAUGCUCUUUCUCAACCACCGAAUGACACAAACUGCCUAUAUCUUGCUGAGGGUUCUGGAGGUUUGACUAUUUGGGAUAACAGGGUGGGAAAACGUUCGUCGCACUGGGAUUUGCAUGACAGUAGGAUUAACACCAUAGAUUUCAACUGUCAAAACCCUCACAUUGUAGCUACUAGUUCCUCUGAUGCAACUGCCUGCACCUGGGAUUUGAGAUAUACUAAUAGGAAGGAUCUCACAGCCUUGAGGACAUUUACCCACAAAAGAUCUGUCCAAUCUGCUUACUUCUCUCCUUCUGGAAGUAGCCUUGCAACUACAAGCUUGGACAACACUAUUGGUAUUCACAGUGGAGUUAACUUGGAGGAUACGGCUCUUAUUUCUCAUUUUAAUCAGACUGGCAGAUGGCUUUCUACAUUCAGAGCGAAAUGGGGUUGGGAUGACAAAUAUCUCUUCAUUGGAAAUAUGAAUAGAGGGGUUGAUGUGGUCUCAGCAGUUCAAAGGAAAAUAGUUAUGACGUUAGAGAGCCCACACAUGUCUGCCAUUCCUUGCAGAUUCGAUAUAAACUGUUACGAGGUUGGGAUGCUUGUAGGAGCUACAAGUGGAGGGCAGCUUUAUGUAUGGACAUCACGCUAGGAUGUUUAUUUAACAUGAUUUCUCUUGUGUAUGGUAUGGAACUACUACAUUUUCUGAUUGUAGAUUGUUUUAGGUCGUAUAUUAUCAGUUAUGAGCUAUAAUUGAGUAGACAUGAUUUCAUGUGCUUUGUUCUUUUGCCAGGCCAUAAUUAGUCAUGGUUUGUGGAUUGUGUUA